AUGGCGAAACCAUUAGGGAGAGAUUGGUACAAAUUACCUUCCAAUGAACAAUUUUACAGUAAAUUUAUAGAAACCAAGGAUUCCUGCAAAGGUAAAACUUCCGUGGAAGGAGUAAAGGAUCAGCUGGAAAAGAAUAUGCGGCUUACGGGUUAUGCAGAGGACCUUAUAGGGGCGUGGUGUUAUAUAGCAAGAAUGGACACGGGAAAGCCAUUAUACAGUGAACGUUGUAACUUCCUAUAUUAUUACAUAGGAAGUAAAAUACCUAAGGAUCAAGAAGGGGAUUCAUUCCAUGAACAUAUGUAUAAUGUUUACAAUGCAUUAGAGAAGUUGAAUGUUGGGAAUAAGUGUACCUUUAGGUCCACUGAUAACAUUAGCUGGGACUUCUUCAUGAAAAGAAAAAAAGUACAUGACUUUCCUUACGAUUAUCCAACUAUAAAGCAACAGUUUGAGGGGAAUGGGCGUUCAUGUGAUGAGGGGUAUUACCAACAUCUGAAGGAAGUUGUUGAAGCAUUUCAAGCUGUACUUACUGAUUGCAAUGGCAAAAAUAAAACGACUACAUAUUGUUCGUGGUUCAAAAAUACCUAUGAUGUAAGCAAUGAGCAGAACCCACUAACAUUAAAAAACGCGUCAGAGGAAUCUUCAGGGAGUAGUAAAAUUUAUAGGGACAUCCACUUAGAAUUAAAGUUUGCACCUAAAACAAAUACUACAGCCGCCGCCGCUGCCAUCUCUUCCAUCUUAGGAGCAGUAGGACUACCUGCAUUAGCUGCUCUAUUUUUAUAUAAGGGUGGACAUACAUGUAAGGAGAGCAGCACAUGGAUAUCAGGUAUAAAGGAUAUUUUAAAUGGUAACUUAAAGGAAUUUGUACCUGAUGCGCAAUGUAACGAUGAGGAAGAAUGUGCCACUAAAAUUUCCCAAGCUUGGUGCUUAAUAUCUAACAUCAGCGCCACGGGAAGUACAGGAAGUCUCACACCUCGUCCGCCCUGUAAGGUGGGGGUGGUGUGUAACUUUUUUUUCUAUUGGUUAGGAGGUACAUUAUGUGAUCGCUUGAAUGCAUGGAGUUCAUUUAAGACUAUUAUGGAGCAAAUCUACAGUAAAUUGGAGGAAUCCGAUGGGCACUGCGCACACAACAUUGUGUAUAAUACUAUAGACAAAAAUUCCCUUAGGAGGAGAAAAAAAGUCUUCGAUUAUUAUUACGAUUAUAAAACCAUAUGGAAGCAAAUAAAAAAAUCACCCUCUGACGGGACCACUUGUGCUGAGAAAUAUAAACAAUAUCUGAGUGAUGCUAAUACAGCUUAUAGGCAGGUAAGUUCGAAUUGCCCAAAGAGUUCAGACGACUUCUGUACUAAAAUUGUAAAUAAGUUCAAGGAUGGUACUAUCCCACAACCAUCAGAACUAGAGUCUAAAGCUACGGGGGGGAAAGACACUCCAUCAGACGGAAUGGACGAAGUAAAUCUCCUUUCCUGUUUGGAUCAGCUGUCUUCAGCAAGUCAGGCAACAAUUACUUCAUCAUUACAACAGGGAGCGUCAGAACAUCAUUCAGAAUCACCAUCAUCACUACCACAGGGGGGUAAUGAUAGUGGUAAUGGUAUCGUACCUGGUGUGGUCACUUCUGCAUUUGGCACACUAGUCGGUCUACCAACACUCGCCUUCUUCCUUUAUAAAGAGGCAAAUUUGAAGGAAUUAUCUUCAAGUAAACAUUUUUACAGUAAACUCGGGAAAAAGAAUGACCCCUGUAAUGGUGAAUCUUCGGUGCAAGGAGUAAAGGAUUAUCUGGAGGAUAAUAUGAAUCUUGCCGCUUAUGCAGAUGACUUUAUAGGGGCGUGGUGUUAUAUAGCAGGAAUGAGCGCGGGCGAUACAUUAUAUGGGGAACGAUGUAGUUUUCUAUAUUAUUACAUAGGAAGUAAAAUACCUAAGGAUCAAGAAGGGGGUUCAUCAUUCUCCGACCUUAUGAACGAACUUUACACUGCAUUAAGGAGACUGAAUAACGGAGAUCACUGUGACUAUAGGAAUACGGAUAACAUUAACUGGGACCUCUUCAUGAAAAGAAAAAAAGUAUUUGAUUUUACCCAUGACUACCAAACUAUAAAAUCACAGCUAGGAAGUCAUGGCCGUUCAUGUGAUGAGGCAUAUUACCAGCACCUGGACCAAGCUGUUAAAUCUUAUGAGGCUGUACAUAAAGAUUGUGAAAAUAAGUCUAAUGAUGAGUACUGUGUGAAAUUCACAAAGGAGUAUGGAGAAUACAGUAAACAAAGGGAGCUGAAAUUUGAGUCUAAGACGGAAUGUUUACGAGACCCCCCACAGGGCAUAAAAGGCACUAGUUGCCCCUUAGAACCAGGAUCUGGAAACGGUGUUAAAAUAUACAAGAACGUUCGGUUAGAAUUUACUCCUAUAUCAGAAGCCCACCGAGGAUCUUACACUAAUACAGCUGUACUUGAGGACAAUAUCAUAACUGCGGUAUAUUCAUCACUCCUCGGAAAAGUGUAUAAAACAUUUGAACAUAAUGGUGGCAAACAAACAUGUCCGAACAUCGGCACCUGGGAAACAGAAAUAGGGAUUAUAUUGAGAAAUAAAUUAAAUGACCUUUCGGAUGCUAGUACAUAUGGCAAGGAAAUUGCGCAUGCUUGGUGCCUCUUAUCUACAGUAAAUACAGCAGGUCAUCCAUGCACGGAGAAGCUGUGUAACUUCUUUUAUUUUUGGGUAGGGGACAAAUUAAGUAUGAAUUUGCAAACAUCCGGGUUAUUUAAAAACAUUAUGCAAGAAAUCUGUGAUAAAUUAAAAAGCUUUGGUGGCGAUCAUUGCACCUGUAGAACUAUGCACAAUAAUGUUGGAUGUGGUGAUUUCAAAUAUAGAAAAACUGUAUUUGAUUAUUACCACGACUAUAGGAAGAUAUGGGAACAUCUACAAAAGAAUGGCACCACCUGCACUAAUGCUUAUGACAAUUACCUAAGUGCAGCUCAUGACGCCUAUAGACCAAUAAAAGCAGAGUGGGACACGGGGGAAUAUUAUAAUCUUUGCCAUUUUCUGUACUUUUGGAUAAGUGAUCAAAUAAAGGACAAAUUGAACAGUCAUGAUCUGAGCACAGUUAUAACCUCACUUUACGGCAAUCUGGAAAGUGUGUCAUGUACUAAUAAUUGUAAGAACAUAUAUCCUUCAAUGAGUAAGACCAUUUUCACUCCAAGGAAAGCAGUAUUUGAUUACGCCUACAAUUCUUAUACCUUACAAAAGAACUCAGGGGAAUAUACACAAUUAUGUGAUCCUGAGUGUGCCACACACUUAAAGGAACCUGCAUCCGAAUAUAACACUGUGAAUAGCAUCUGUACUAGUGGUGAUGUUGAUCGUGAUGAGUACUGUAAGGAAUAUAAGGACGAAUAUAAAAAUUACUUCGGGACAGAAAAACUGCAAUUAACGUGCACUUCAGCACCAGGAGUAGGGGUGGUACUAGGAGUAGGGGUUGCACCAGGAGUAGGUGUUGCACCUGGAGUUGGUGUUGCACCUGGGGUAGGAGUUGCUCCAGGGGUAGGGGUUGCCCCAGGGGUAGGGGUUGGUCCUGCUACUGGUGGUAGUGGUAACAGCACCAUUACAACUAUUUCUUCUAUACUUGCCACCACAGUAGGAGUACCUGCAUUAGCAUUCUUCCUAUAUAAGGUGACUGCUUUAAGCACCUUAUCAAAGAAAGGAGCAGAUCAUAAUAAUAGGAAAAACAGGGAAAUUGACACCUCAGAUGGUAGUAUGAGCACAUUAUUAACACGUCCAACUGAUAUACCAACACCAUCAUCAGAAGAUGGGGAUGACUUCCUCUCUAGCCUAAGUGGGAGUUCCCUCGAAGAGGCCAUGUCAUAUAGGGAAUUACAGAAAUUAAAAUCCACCAACAGCAACAAUAAUAAUCUAUCAGAGAAGGUACGACGUGGAAGAAGCAAGGGAAUACAACAAAAUAAAGGAAUAGGGACAAAAUUCAAAGAGUGUUGUAAAAGGCUCACACAUUUUAAGAGUAGAAAUAAAAUAUUUUUAAUCCUUUUACUGGCCACUUCAGUUAUUUACCCUAUAGCUCUGUUCUCCAUGAUCCUGAUUUCUGUGGUUUUCAGUAUAAUUAAUAAUAACACAGCAUUGUUUUAUAUAUGCUUAAUUGCAAUUCCUUUAAUCAUGGGAUUAAUCUAUUUUGGCAUAUUGCUAUGGUUCUAUCAAUCCCUGUUCUAUAAUACAUUCAAGGGUAAUGGGGAAAAUUGUAAGGGCAAUAUUGAAAGUUACCAGAGCAAGAAAAGUACGUUCAAAGAUGCACUGGGAAAGUACCUCCCAUUUAAAAAUGAGGAAGAGAAGGUCAUGAAUGCCUAUUGUACAGCAUGUGAAUGGAGUGAGCGACCGGAGGAUUUUGGGGAUACUCCCUGUUAUUUCUAUUAUUAUUGGGUGGGAGGUACAUACUGGAACGGCUCGCCUAAGAAAAAGUUGCCGGAGGUCCUAGAAUAUAUUUACAGCACGCUAAGGACGCAUGUCAAGGAGGGGGAGUGCAAUGUUAAAUACAACGAUGUUGAGUGGGAACUAUUCAAACAGAGAAGAACAAUAUUCGAAUAUUAUUACGAUUAUAGUACCAUAGAACAGUAUUUACUGAGGAAUCAUAAGCCCAAUUGUAAUCAGGGAUGGUUGAGUUACCGAGAGAAAGUUCAUAAAGCAUGUGCAGCUAUAAGAGCCGAUUGUGCACAAAAUGGGAAACAGAAGAGGGAUCCAUAUUGUAAAGACUUCAAUAGUAUGUACAAGGCAUAUUGUGAUAUGGCGAAACUGUUAGAACAAAUGUGUGAAUUAAUGACUGAACUGGAAAAUACUAACAAAAAAAAUGGGGAACUUGCCUCUCUGAAUGGAGAAUUACAGACCUUCAAGGACACAUGUUCCUCUGAGAAGAAGGACCUAGAAGCGAAGAACCAGCUUGCAACAAAAUCAGCAUCCUUAGCAAAAGACGAAGCCGUAAGUAAAGCUACCACCAAUGCAACCGUCUCCUCUAUACUCGGCACAUUAGGACUAACAGUCUUUCCAUACCUACUAUAUAAGAGUGAAUGGAAAGAACAUUACCGGAAUGACAAACAGAACAGACUACAUGUUAGUAGUGAUAUUCCAUCCACGGACAGUCAUAAAAAGGUGUUGUGGAAGCGGUGGGUUGCAAAACAACAUGACCUUAUGGAAUGGAACAGUCAAAAAACAGAUUGGUUCAAGCACCUAUUGGACAACAUUGAAGAGGUGAACGGGGCGGACGAGUUAUAA